AUGAUUGUGCUGGACAACGACUCGCGUGCCGCUGUGCAACGCGUGAUGCGACGCGCUCCCGUUGCUGUCAUUGUUGUCCUCCUCGCUGGCACAUGGAUCCUGUUCGUUGCAUUCGUCUCCGUACAGCAGGUGCUCCUCACUCGUCAUGAGACGGGCCGCUUUCUCAUACAAAUUGUGGUGUACCACACCCUUCUUUUCCUCUCUGCCGUUUCCUAUACUGCGGCUGUGACGCACCGCCCCAUCUCGCCUGACCAAGACCUCGCGCCGCCCCAUGCGCGGCCUCUCCGCCCCGAUGAGGUGCGGCAACCUUCACCUGCUCGCCCCGCGACCGCCGCAGUCGAUGGAGACGACGAUGACGACAUUCCACUACGUCUGCUGCGAGCCACACGCUCGCCGCAGCCCUGGGAUGAACACUCAGGCGCAGAUGGGCAAGUUGAGCAGGAUGGCGAUGCAGCAGCCAACGCGCGCAGUCGCCGCAGUCCGAAGCGUAGCGCCGAGCGCAACGGCGGCGGUGAUGACGAGGACUAUGGCGAGGACGGCGCCGAGAACCACGCCUUGCUGGCAAAGGAUCCCGAGCCCGAAGCCACGGCCCUCAUGGCCAAGGGCGCCACCGGCGGACUCCGAUGGUGUCGCAAGUGUGAUGGCUGGAAGCCUGACCGCUGUCACCAUUGCCGGUCGUGUAUGCAGUGUGUCCUGAAGAUGGACCACCACUGCCCCUGGCUCGACAAUUGCGUUGGACUCCACAACCACAAAGCCUUCAUGCUUUUUCUCUCGUACACCACUGCGCUGGCAUUGUUCGGCUGUUCCCAGGCCGGCAUUGAGGUGUAUCGCUUCUUCACUGACCCACUCGAUGUUGAGGAACUGAAGAACAACCCUCACGCCGCAGCCAUGAUGGAUGAGAUGGAUAUGCGCUUUGCUCUCCGGCCUGUAAUCUUCAUGCUCCUGACCAUUCUCGGUGUGGCAUUUUCAAUUGCCCUCGGUGCCUUGUGCGCAUACCACUGGUAUCUGCUCUUGAAUAACCGCACCACGCUCGAGGACAUGAACCGCUCCGUGCCGACUGCGUUGCUGGAUCCUCCGACGAGGGCUCUCUUGGAAGAACUUGGGCCUCGUGGUACGCGCCACCGCAUUCCUGGAGCUUGGCGCCCGGACCACAUCCUCACGCGUCCCGAGCGCACCCGUCUCCGCCAGGAAGCUCGGAGUAUCAACAUUUAUGAUGUGGGAUGGCGCCGUAACAUGCGCUCCGUGUUCUGCGGCGAUGGUGCCAUGCCCUCGACAACUUGGCGUGGAUGGCUGUUAGAGGUCAGGCAAGGCCUGUGGCCUCUUACGCGGCCUCGUAUGAGGCAGUAUGGCGCUGGCCACUUCUUCGCCCACGACCCCGCGGCCUUCCAGGAGCUCAAGGCGCUCACCUCGGAGCUGCGUCUUGGCCUCGAGCCAGGUGUUGAGCCUGGCCACCCAGAGCAGUUUGCGCCUCCAGUACCACGCCGUUUCGAUGUGGGUGGUCAGUUUGAGAUUGGUCGUGGCGACAGCGACAGUGACAGUGACAGCGACGCGACUUUGAUCAACGGCCGUAUGCCGCGUCGCAGCAGUUAUGAGUGGGAAUGA